AUGUUUGACGAAAUUUACUUUGAAUUUGACGACGUAGAGGAGAACCCCGCAUACUCGUUCACAAACGAGGCGGUCGCAUGCGGCCUGUUUGCGCACCGCAGGCAGCAGAGCUCGGCGGCCUCGUCGCUGGCGUCCUCACUUUUUCCGGUGACAUCCGCAUCCAGUUCUGUUACGACACUCACCGGGCGAACUCCGCGCGCGAGCUUUUCCGAAGACGUGCCCUGCGGGGCGGCCCCCGCGGUGAAUUUUUCCGACGACUACAUCCUUAACGGCAUGGACUCGGCGCUGGACGGAGGUCGCGCUGCUCACUACUUCCCGCGCAACUACAGCGCAUCCGUCUCUUCCGCAUCCCCGAAAGCGGGUUCGUUCACUUUUUCCGGCCGCGGCGGCUCGCUGCCCGCCACCCCAUACCAGCGCUACUCGAGCGGCUCGGCCGCAUACAAGCGCCACUCGUCUGCGCUCUCCUUGCCAGACGGUUCGGCGGCCGCAUUCGCUGCGCUACAGUCCAGAAACAGGCAUCCAUCGCUGACGUCCAUACCACAGUUUCAGUCUGGUCAGGGCGUGGAGGUGGGACCCUCGCGCAGGCGGCUGUUCUCGUUUCCGCAAGCGCGCAGUGAGGGGGCGCCAAAGGGUGCGCUUGAGGACGAUUUCUUGUCGGUGCUCACACCAAAGUUCGAGCAGAUGAGCAUUACUGGACAGAAAAACAAAGAAAAACAGCCAAAGAUCGCCGAGAUGAACGUGCUAGAGCUUGCGCGCGACCAGUGCGGGUGCAGGUACCUCCAGCGCAAGCUUGAUGAGGGCACUGCGGACAACUUUGCGCAGAUCUUCGGCCCCGUGUGCGCGCAUGCGGCGGAGCUCAUGAUGGAUCCAUUUGGAAACUACCUAAUGCAGAAAGUGAUGGGCUGCUGCACGGUGGAGCAGCUGGAUGCGGUGCUGAUAAGCGCCGGGCCUGCGCUAUGUGCAGUUGCGGUGGACCAGCACGGAACGCGCGCACUGCAGAAACUGAUCGAGCGCAUCAGCACGCGUAAGCAGCGCAUGCUGCUCAAGCGAUACCUGGCGCCGUACGUGGUGGCGCUUAUCGGCGACCUCAACGGCAAUCACGUGAUCCAGAAGUGCGUCCAGCGCUUCCGCGACUCGGACCUCCAGUUCAUCGUCGACCAGAUUUCCGCAAACAUAGUCCCCGUCUCGACCCACAAACACGGAUGCUGUGUUUUGCAAAAACUUUUGAACAAAUGCAACAUGCAGCAAAUCGAGCAGCUGGGUGCGCAGAUUGUCCAGCACAGCCUGGCGCUCAUGGAAGACCAGUAUGCGAAUUACGUGGUGCAGUAUCUGGCAAGCAUGGAGAUCGACAGCCUAAAUGCGCAGCUCUUGGCAACGGUUGCGCCCUGCGUGCGCCAGCUCUCCUGCCAGAAGUUUUCGUCCAAUGUGGUCGAGAAGUGUCUUCGGAUUCGCUCAUAUCGUGUUUUUUCGCAGUUUGUCAGUCGGCUUCUUGACGAAAUCUUGCUUCCGGAUGUUCUUCCGGUGCUUAUCCGGGACCAAUACGGCAACUAUGUAGUGCAGACGGCCAUGGAAGUGUCUUCUGCAGAAUAUAAGUUGCGUUUUGCGCGGGAAUUGGCACCUUUACUUCCGGAAAUACGCUUUGCCUCGUUUGGAAAGCGAAUCCACAACAAGGUGGGUGCGAUAUUGCAGCAGGCAAAUCGGCUGAAAUAG